UCUGGUCGCCUCCCGACGCCCCCUUCUUUCUGUCCCCAAAAUCUAGGGUUUUCUCUUCCUCUCGCAUGAUGAGCAACGACAAGGACAGCUUGAAUAUGGGCGAUCUCGCCGCCGCGCUUAACGACGAGGACCGAGCUGGGCUUGUUAAUGCUCUGAAGAACAAGUUGCAGAAUUUGGCCGGACAGCACUCCGAUGUACUCGAGAACUUGACCCCCAAAGUCAGGAAGCGUGUCGAGGCUCUAAGAGAGAUACAGAAUCAAUAUGAUGAACUGGAAGCAAAAUUUCUCGAGGAGAGGGCAGCGCUAGAAGCCAAAUACCAAAAGCUAUAUCAGCCUCUCUAUACCAAGCGAUAUGAGAUUGUGAAUGGUGUGGUUGAAGUUGAAGUAACCCCAGAAGAAAUUAAAGCAGAACAAGGAGAGGAUAAAGCGGCUGAAGCAGAUAAAGGGGUACCGGAUUUCUGGCUUAUUGCGUUGAAGAACAAUGAUGUGAUUACCGAGGAGAUAACCGAACGUGAUGAAGGAGCACUCAAGUAUCUCAAAGACAUUAAAUGGAGCAGGGUUGAAGAACCGAAGGGCUUCAAGCUUGAGUUUUUCUUUGAUCAGAAUCCAUAUUUCAAGAACAAUGUUUUGACAAAAACAUAUCACAUGAUUGAUGAGGAUGAGCCUAUCCUUGAGAAAGCCAUGGGAACGGACAUCGAGUGGUAUCCUGGAAAAUGCUUGACUCAGAAGAUUCUAAAGAAGAAGCCUAAGAAAGGGUCGAAGAAUACAAAGCCUAUCACCAAGACUGCAGACUGUGAAAGCUUCUUCAACUUUUUCAACCCACCUGAGGUUCCAGAUGAUGAGGAAGAUCUUGAUGAUGAUAUGGCUGAUGAACUUCAAAGCGAAUUGGAACAUGACUAUGACAUCGGAUCUACCAUUAAAGAUAAGAUCAUUCCGCAUGCUGUGUCAUGGUUUACGGGGGAAGCUGUCCAGGUGGAUGAGCUUGACAUGGAGGACGAUGAUGAUGAUGAUAUUGAUGAAGAUGAUGAUGAAGAGGACGAGGAUGAGGAUGAGGAUGAUGACGAGGGAAAGAAAAGCAAGAAGAAGUGAUCGGCCGGUGCAUAAGAAGGGUAGGAAGAUGUCAGGGCGGAAGUGAGAAAGCAGGCCUCAGUAGAAAGGGUGGGUUUAUAUGUUGUGGACAAAACCGCUUAUGCUUAUGCUUAUGCUUGACGAUGGUGUCCGAAGAUGGAUCCAAAAAAAUGGUGUUAUUUAUGAAGAGACAGUCCGUUUAUCAGUUUUGGGUGGUGCUCUGCUUAUUUUCUCCCAUUUCCCCCUUUGGGUUUCUUUCUUGUUUUGGUUAUAGAUAGUGCAACAAGCAUUUUGGACAAAAACUUGUUCUUUUUGGUUAUAUAUAUUAUUGUUUUGGUUAUGCAAAACCAAUUCAAAUGGAUAAUGUGUAAUUUUAUUUGAACCAAAUUUGAUUUAAAAAAUGUAUGGAUGUCA